CAAAUCAGGUGCAUAUAGAAUUUAAGGUCAGGAUAUUCAAGCAAUCACAACCAGUGAUAUUACACCAGCAUUUACAAAAUUUCUGUUUGUCUGUUCAGACAUGAUAACUUUUCUGCCCAUCAUUUUUUCCAUUCUAAUAGUGGUUACAUUUGUGAUUGGAAAUUUUGCUAAUGGCUUCAUAGCAUUGGCAAAUUCCAUUGAGUGGUUCAAGAGACAAAAGAUCUCUUUUGCUGACCAAAUUCUCACUGCUCUGGCAGUCUCCAGAGUUGGUUUACUCUGGGUAUUAUUAUUAAAUUGGUAUGCAACUGAGUUGAAUCCAGCUUUUUACAGUAUAGAAGUAAGAAUUACUGCUUAUAAUGUCUGGGCAGUAAUCAGCCAUUUCAGCAACUGGCUUGCUACUAGCCUCAGCAUAUUUUAUUUGCUCAAGAUUGCCAAUUUCUCCAACCUUAUUUUUCUUCGCUUAAAGAGGAGAGUUAAGAGUGUUGUUCUGGUGAUACUAUUGGGGCCUUUGCUAUUUUUGGUUUGUCAUCUUUUUGUGAUAAACAUGAAUCAGAUUAUAUGGACAAAAGAAUAUGAAGGAAACAUGACUUGGAAGAUCAAAUUGAGGAGUGCAAUGUACCUUUCAGAUACAACGGUAACCAUCCUAGCAAACUUAGUUCCCUUCACUCUGACUCUGAUAUCUUUUCUGCUGUUAAUCUGUUCUCUGUGUAAACAUCUCAAGAAGAUGCAGCUCCAUGGCAAAGGAUCUCAAGAUCCCAGCAUGAAGGUCCACAUAAAAGCUUUGCAAACUGUGACCUCCUUCCUCUUGUUAUGUGCCAUUUACUUUCUGUCCGUAAUCAUGUCAGUUUGGAGUUUUGAGAGUCUGGAAAACAAACCUGUCUUCAUGUUCUGUGAAGCUAUUACAUUCAGCUAUCCUUCAACCCACCCAUUCAUCCUGAUUUGGGGAAACAAGAAGCUAAAGCAGACUUUUCUUUCAGUUUUGUGGCAUGUGAGGUACUGGGUGAAAGGAGAGAAGCCUUCAUCUUCAUAGAUUCACAAGAGCGGCAUUGUGUAUCUUCUAGCAGAAAACAAACUGGUGUUAUAUGAAACAUUUUA